AUGCCUCAGAAGCGCCAGCGCCGCGCUCCCCGUGUCAACACGACACCCGUCACCGACCAAGCUGGCAAGACAGAGGCCAAGACGCUCCAAGACCUCGUUGACGCGCGCAGCGAGAGCGGCUCCUCGGACACGUCGUCGUACGUGCCAUCCGAGCUGAGCUCGGCCGACGGCCUCGGCGGCGACAUCCUCUCCUCCGCCGAGGGCUCUGAGGACGGCAUUUCUGACCCCGAGCUCGAGGGAGACGAGUACGAGGAGGCUGCGCGGGCCGAGGACUCCAACGGCGCGGACGACCCCAACCGCGAGUUCAACCAGGCGCUGCUCACGCAGGCGAUCACCUCCCGGCCCAACAACAUCGCGACCGCCCUCCCUACUCCCGACCGGCGGACGUUUGCCGGCAAGCGCCACGUCGUCAUGCACGCCAUCAAGGUGUACCUGCUCGCCCACCUUGACGAGACCGUUGCCGGGCUCUCCCUCGACGACAUCCUGCCGGGGGUCAUCGCUGCGCUGCCGCUGCCCGACAACACCGGGUCCAAGGUGCUGCUCAAGACGCAGUUCAAGCAGAACCUCCGUGCGACGCUGCGUGAGGCGGAGUCGGAGCUCAACACCGACCUCCGCAACCAGUUGCUCCUCAUCUACUCGGGCAUCAUCCACCGCGUCAUGGUGCACGCCUCCAACGCCACUCUGCACGCGGCGGCCAAGGCGGAGCACGUGGCGCUGUUCGCUGGGCUGGUGGCAGCGCCGCCCGGCUUCAAGCUUGAGGGCGAGGACGAGUUCAUGUUCGCCUUCCACGCCGCCGUCGACCCGCAGAACCACACGCUGCUGGCCUUCGCGCACAAGGAGUGGCCCGCGCUCAUCCAGCAGUACCUCACCUUCCUCCCGUCGGGCCGCUCGCGCACCAUCACGCUCAAGUUCGUGGCGUACACGGUGAUGUCGCUGUGGCAGACGCUCACCUUCGUCCCAGACACCGAAGGCGUGCUGCAGUACGGCAAGCGCAACCGCGAGACAGGCUCUUCCGCGCGGUUCGAGAGGAUCAAGGCGUGGCUGCUCGACGCCGACGCGUGCCCGACCAAGUGGGAGCCGCUGCUCCGCAUCCGCGAGGCAGCGGCCUAG